AUGGAACACAUCAGUGGAGACCUUCCUGUCAAUAAUCUGGUUUCUGACAACUCCUCUCAAUCUACUUUGAAUGAAUCGAUCUCUGGAACAACCAAGAUCGAAGAUCCAACCAUCAGACCUGAUCCCUCGUUCAUACAAAAUCAGAUUUCCCUUCAAAGGAGUCCUACAACAAAAUCUCAUGUGUCAGCUAUCUCUGGACAAUUAUCAAUAAAGUCCAAUGGAAGCAGUCCUCGAUUGGGGUUUUCAGCACUUGCCAGCACUCAUGGUGAAGACAGAAUCAGGGAAGAUGAUCAAAGAAGGUCGCAUGGUGAUUCAAAUGGAAGCAAUACUAGAGAAGUCAACAGAUCUACAUUGUUGAAAUCAGAUUCGUUUUCUUCCAGUCUGUCAAUGAAGUCAGAGAAGUCAGUCCAUUCCGUCAACGUCGUUGGUAACUAUCCCCUCGGUACCUUGAGAGUUCACUCUCCAUCACCUACCAGAGGGCGAGGUGUGGAACAUCACGAAGUUUUGAAGGAUGGCGAUGUCAUUAUCGUUGGAAGCCUUCCGCCGGGUUCAAUGUUUGGAUACGACACAAAAGCUUAUACUAUCAAGACUGAGGGAACCCUUGAGGGCGUUAAGAAUAUUCCUCCUGGAGCCCAUUUCUUCUGGGGAGGAUCAGCGAAUGGAUCCUCGCGCACCGGUUUCUGGUUUAUGACUAUGAAACUAGCUUCAGACGAGUAUGGUGACGCUCACGUCUUAAGAUGGGAUAAUUAUCAUGAGUGUUUGGAAGAGGAGGUCAGCGAAGCAGAAAAACGAAUUCAAAAGGCCAGCAUACCUGAAAUCGUCAAUAGACUCGAACCAUACUUGAGCAAUACUUCAGUCCCAAGCCCAAAACCCGCUGGCUCUGUUUCCACUUCACCAACUUUCGUCAACUUCCCAAGUUCUCCGAUCGCUGCUGAAGACAUUUAUGGCAGCGACAAGUGGCGUCACUUGACCUCUUGUAUCAAGCAUCCCUACCUCAAGAGAGUUACGGGUGGCAAAUGGAAUAGUUGGAAAGUCUCGUCUAGCCAUGACAUUAAGACGACAGAGCUACAGGCUACAAGCGCCCCGCGUGAUGUCAAAGGCAACAGUACGAAUUUCGAUGGAGACGAUUUCCUUAAUUUUGUUUUUCCAAGAAAUUCACGUACCUUUUCCGAUGCAUCCACGGGUCGCGAGCGCACCGAGCAGGCAAUCGAUAGCACGGCUUAUAUCGUUGAAGCUAUCGCAAACUGCACUUACGAAGACUCAGAUGAGAUUAUAGGAGAGUUACAGUUUUGCUACAUCACUGGAAUGGUCCUUGGAAACCUUGCUUGCAUGGAACAGUGGGGUAUCAUUAUCAGCAAGCUAUUUGGAGCAUAUCGCCUUUCCAUGGAUCACCCAGUUUUCUUCCGUAAGGUAAUCACCGCCGUUCAUGCGCAGUUUAUGUAUGACGAAGAGGGGUUCGAUACCAGUAUCUUUGAUCACGAUUCCCAUCUUGGGGAUGAUUUGAAGAUCAUUCUCACCAAGUUCAAGUCUCGUCUAAAUGAGCAACUUCUCUCUAAUGGUUCCAAGAUCACUCCCGAGCAGGAAGAAGUCGGAAAAGCAUUUGAAGCAUUUGAAUCUUGGCUCUGGAAAUGGGGAUGGGAUCUACGUGGAAACUAUCUUAGGUCUGGAAAAUUCCAGCUUGAGGAUGGAGAGAUGAUUGACGCAGAGCUCAAGGAUUUCGAGGACGAAGAUGAACGAGGUCGCAAAUCCGACAAAUCCGACAAAUCCGACAAAUCCGACAAGUCCAAAAAGUCAAGAAGUAACCGCAUCAGUCGCUCCGGAUUCGCCUGGGCCCUUCCAAAUGUAUCCUAA